AUGACCCGCGUCACAAAUUUUAAACGCACCCACGUCCAAGCGGGCUUUGCUGGGCCCCAAGACCCGGCGCCACCUCUGAAAAAGUCCAAGACAGACAAUUCAAACAAAGCGUCCUCAGAAAAGCGGAGGUUGAAUAGGAUCCAAGAGCGCAAGGCCAAUACCACAUGUUUUGCCUGCAGGGAGAAGGGUCAUGAUGCGCGUGAAUGCCCACAGUCAAAAGGGAAACCCAUUGUCGGAAUUUGCUAUAGAUGCGGCUCUUCUAGACAUACUCUGGCACGCUGCAAGAAGAAAGUGGACCCACAAAACCCGCUUCCCUUUGCAUCUUGUUUCGUCUGCGACACCAAGGGCCACUUAGCUUCUACGUGCCCCGACAACGUCGCGAAAGGGAUCUACCCCAAUGGCGGCUGUUGUAAGCUAUGUCGCGAAACUUCGCAUCUCGCAAAAGACUGCCCACUGCGGCAACAAGAUUCGUCGAAAGAUGCUGUGGUCUUUGGCAGCGGCCGUGACGCUGGCGCUGACGAGGAUGAUUUCCACAUCCUGAAACGCCACAAGAAUGAGGUUGACCGGGACGAGAAAAACGAAGAGCGAAGGCGGCGCGCUGUUGAUGUCAAAGCGGGCAGCGUUUCUGGAGUUGUGAAAGCAUUCGGUCUACUGGGCAGGCAAAUCCUGCGUUCAGAGGCAGCCGCUUUUUAUUCGCUGUGUGGUCCCAACCUGGAGCAGCAGGAUAUGUACCAAGCUACAACUUUAGAUGUACAAGCGACUCAAAUCACAGAUAGGGGUCACUACGAAUCUCACGUGGUUACCUCUUUUCUGACAAUGACCAGCUGGCAAAACUCGCCUCCAGAGUCAACAUACCAUCAUUAUUUCUCUCUUACACGCCCUGAAGCCCCGGCGGAUGCGUGCACUGGAACUUCCCUUAGCGAUCAAGACAAUGGCGAGGCUGGUGAUGAAACAACGCAUGUCCAUUACCUCGAUGUUGAGGACUUGACUCACAACAUCUCUGAUGCUGUCCAACUAAAUCUCAGCGCAGUCCAUGAUAUUCUCUCCUCCACUGGGCCAAAUCUCUCCCCGCUGGGCCAAUCGCAAUGGCAGUUGCAGGAAUGGCCCUUUAACAUUCAGCAACUGGCAUAUACGGAACACGACUUGUACCUAUGGCUUGAGUGGGUUAUUUUUUGGCCAGCAACACACGCAGUAACAGCGGUUCGCGAUCGUCUUUAUGACCAAGCCGGCAUACCCGUUCCUUCAGCAUUGCGUGGCUCAAGCGACACUCGAUGCAUUUAUGGCGCAAAACCUCGCGGGACAACCGACAUCCUUUUUUCAAUGCAGCAUAACGGUAAGGAUAUGCACAUCUGCCCUCACGAGGUCAAGCGGGCGCAUGUACUCACUGCGAGCGGUGAUGUUCUUGGUUGCCUGGUGCGGCUGGCCCGCAAGGAAGGUGGCUGGCAAUUCAGAGGUGUCCAGCUCGGAGGUGUCGAGGGAAAAGCUCGGCAGCUACUCUGUCAGAUUAUUGAUGAACUGAUUUGGUAUGAGCUGACUCAUUUGGUCCUCGCGACACAAGAAAAAUAUGUCCUCCUCCUCCUUGAUGAGACCCAACAGCUUUGCGUUAGCUCGAUCUACACCAUCAACAGCUCCGCUACGCAAACUUGCGAUAUGGAGCAUCUAGUCUUGUUCUAUGUACAUGCACUCCUCAACAAGCGUCCCCCUUACCCGCCGUCUCCUUCUUCAAGCUCUUCGGCCUCCGUCUAUCGUGUGGCCGUUCCGAAUUUUCCACCUCGUUUAUUUCAACUACCUGAAGCUCUAUUGUGUCACGGCGCUUUAGUCCAUCGUGUGAAGCUGGCCCCCAUCUCAGUCGAUGCAAUACCCCGACCUUUUACCCUCCGUCUCACAACAUCCCACGGCGACUAUCGACAUGAUGGCGAAAUUGCCAUAUUUUUUGGAAGUCUGGUAUUCCUUAUGUUUGAGGCAAAAAUUGUUGUGAAGGCUGCAUACCAGCCAUUUGCUUUGAGUCGUCUCCAGCACGAGUUUGCGGUCUACCGGUGUCUGCGAGGUCUCCAGGGCGUGGUUGUUCCGUCUCUGUUUGGGAUGUAUCGCAACCUGAGUGAUGGCAGCUCCAUCCUCGUUGUUAGCUAUGCAGGGGUUGCACUAGAGAAUUUUGAUCAGUUAACUUCAAAAGAACGGCAGACACUCUUUCGACGUGUCACGCAACUCCACCAGGCCGGUGUGGUGCACAAUGAUCUAGAACCCCGAAAUGUCGUCCUUUGUGCACGUUACGGGCCACGCAUUAUAGAUUUUGACAACUCUUCGAUGAACCACACCUGCCCUGGAGGAUCGUGCCAAGAACUUUGUCUGCUGGCGCGUUCCCUCGGUUUGGAUCUUGAAACCGAGCUCUCCAAGAUCCGUGGGAAACCGCAAAGCCUCUGGCAGAUGGCAUUUUUGUUUACCCUGAUUGCGAUGUUCUACUGGAUGAUUGCGUUUGCUGAAUAA